CGCCUCCGACCACCAGCGCAAGGAGGCGCCAUGGGCCCACCGCGAGCCCCGGCGGCGCAGCGACAGCUGUUCGAGAUCGGCACACCGGCUCUCAGCUCCCAGGCUUCGCAGAGCGCCGAAGGUGCCUGGGGUUCCAGGGGCGCCCGGGAGCGGUGGAAGAGAAUGCACAGAGACUGAACUUGAAAUGUGAAGUCCGGAAAACCAGCUGCCUCUCCCCGCUGUGUGACCUCUAAUGAAACAUUUGACCUCUUGGAGCUUCAUCUAUAAAUACAGAAAUAUAAUUCCCUCCCCCUCUGCCACUUCAACCCAGGCGGCCAAAGGCUCCUAAAGCUACAAAAUGAGAUCGCUGAUUCAGGCUAGCAGUGCAAACUGUAAAGCCCCAUUCAUACGGGAGGAAUUCGCGUCUUUCUCCUUCGCCUUGGACUGGUGUCUGAAGCCCCUCAGUCAAGGCUUGCCUGGUCGCCGCAUUCCCAUUUUGUGGAUGAGCAAAUGAAGGCUCAGAGAGGUCGCUCUUUCGGGGGUCGCGUGGCCCAUCGGGCAGGGGCAGACUGGUCUCCCGACGCCAGCCCCAGACUCUGUCCCUUUCUCUUCCCGCCGGCACUCCCUGGGAGCACUGACCUCGGGCGACAGAGUAUGGAGAGCCGCCUCGAUCUUCCACAGAGACGGGGAUGCUCAGGAGGAGGCCCCGACAGCUUUCAGUUCGCGGACUCCGGGCCUGAGAGCCGCGGCCGCGGGGAACUCGGCCAUCGAACCACGGCCCCUCGGCGCGAGCCUCUCCGCCCGGGCCGGGGAAAGGCUGCCUCCGAGUCCCCAACACCUUGCGUCCUGUGUCUGUGUGCGACGACGACUGUCUACACGACCACCACGUGCUGGCGUGUGAGCGCCUUUGUGUGUCCGCGGCUGUGUCUAUACUGGCAAGUUGGAGGACGAGGCGGGGGAAGGUGCGCAGGGACCCGACGCAGAUGUGGAGAGGAGGGGUCCCGACACGGGACGGCGACGGGGGCGGGGGCGGAGGGGGGGAGCGAAAUGAUUCUCAGCUGCGAAGGAAGGAAGCUCUGGAGUCCCGCUCUCCCUGUCUGCUGCGACUGCUGCAUAAACAUGAGCCCCCCGGGGCAGUGGCCCGGCCAAAAAUCCCCGGGACCUCUGCUGUGCCCCGUCCAGCCGAGGUGUCGUCGACCGAGCUCAGUUCCCCGGCCCACCAGCCGUUUGGAGCCUCCGCCACCUCAUGCCUGAGCGGGCCACCAGCGCUCCUUCUACAAGUGGCCCAGCCAGGGCCCGGAGAGGGUAGGCCACUCGCUGUGGGCGGCGGCAGGCCGGGGGCGCCACCCUCGAGAGCCAAGGCGCAGGACUCGCUCGGCUGGGCUCGGAACCAGGAGGUCUGGGGGACGGGGAGGGAACACCCCUGACUCCCGUGUCCUCUUCUCUCGGAUCUCGGAUCUCGGAUCUCUAGCCCUCGGCGACCCCGGUCCUGCCUACAGUACGGGGUCUGCGGCCUGCCCGGUCCCUCCAUCCCUCUCCCUGUGGCCGGUUCAGCCUUGUCUACGCUCAAGGGAAUCAGCCCCAGGUGCCUUAGCUGGAGGUAGGGGUAUCCUCCAGGGUCCCCCCUCCCCCCCCCCCCCCAAGCAGGAUUUCUUAGCGCACACGCCCUGCCUCUAGGACCUCGUGUCCCUCCCUUUCCCUUCCAGGUUCUCUGUGGCUCAGUCCCAGCCUCUUGUGCCUCCCUCUCCCAGUCUCUUUCUUGCUCUCUGACCCAAUUUACUCGUUCCACGGUGUCUCGCCUUUGUCUCUGUCUCUGCCUCUCAUCGGAUCUCGAGGAUCUCAGCCUGCCCAUGAAGCACACCCCCCCCCCUCCACCGCCCCCGCAAAGGAACACACACCGGCAGAAUCCGCCUUUUCAAUAAAAAACGACA